CAAAACAAGCAAUCAACUGCUCCAUUUAACAAAUGAAAGAUAUUAAAAAUAAUAGUUUAAAUAUUUGUUGUUAUCAAUUUACCGCAUAUCAAAUGGUAGAGCAACGUCUAAAUACCCCAAAUUAUUCGUCAACUAUUUAUUAAAAAUUUUAUACACAAAAUUCAGUUAAAUUUUUGUGUAUGAAAUACAACUCUACAUAUGACACAUACCUUUUUAAAAAAUUUCCCUUCGCGCCAGAUACCUUUACUGCGUCGUGUUUGGCGGAAUUUUACUAAACUGUAGUCAAGCACUCCAAUUUGUUGUGAAAUCUCUGCAAAUUUAAAUAUUAUUUCUUGUGCAUAAAGUAUUGCUACAUAAAAGGUUAACAAAAUGCCUGGCAUAGCGCCCUUAACCAAUGGAGUCAUUGCUCGCAUAAUGGCUGGUGAGGAAGUUGAUAAGCCCGUAUUACAAAUUUUGGGCACUAAAAAAAUUACUGGCGGUGAAAUGGAACGUUUACGUCUAUUGGUUUCUGAUGGAAAAUACUUGAAUAGUUAUGCGAUGCUGGCAACGCAAUUAAAUCAUUUGCAUGGAAGCGGUAAAAUUAGUGAAAAUACUAUCAUACAAGUGGAUAAGUACAUAACUUCCGUUGUUAAUAAAACUGAAACCGGACGACGUGUGCUCAUUAUAUUGGAACUAACAGUUCUCAAUCCUGGUGGUGAAGUAGGACGAAAAAUUGGUGAUCCAGUCUCCUAUACCGAAGUUGAUGCCAAAGCUGCUGCUGCAAAAUCUGCUGUACCAUCACCUGUUAAACCAACUAAACCGGAAAUAAAACCUGUUAACAAUAAUAACAACAAUAAUGCCCUUAAUCAAACUAUUAAUUCUGGUCUUACACAUCCCAUUUCCAGUCUUAGUCCAUAUCAAAAUAAAUGGGUUAUUAAAGCGCGUGUCACAUUUAAAAGUCCCAUAAGAACUUGGAGCAAUGCCAAAGGCGAGGGUAAACUAUUCAGUAUGGAUUUGAUGGAUGAAUCUGGUGAAAUACGUGCAACUGCUUUCAAGGAGCAGUGUGAUAAAUAUUUUGAUAUGAUUGAGGUGGAUCAUGUCUAUCUUAUAUCCAAAUGUCAACUGAAGCCAGCGAAUAAACAAUUUACAACACUUAAGAAUGAUUAUGAAAUGACAUUCACUAGUGAAACGGCCAUUCAACUUUGUGAUGAUGAAAGUGAUGGUAUACCCCAAAUCACAUAUGAUUUGAAACCAAUAGCUGAACUCGCUAACAUCGAACCUAAAUCAGUAGUUGAUACAAUUGGUGUGUGUAAAGAAAUUGGUGAAUUACAAAUCUUCACGUCGCGUACCACUAAUAAAGAGUAUAAGAAACGUGAUAUUACUUUAGUUGAUAAGAGCAAUGCUUCUGUGCAACUUACAAUAUGGGGAGAUGAAGCAGUAAAUUUCGAUGGAUAUGUACAACCUAUCGUUCUAUUAAAAGGAGCUCGUAUUGCUGAAUUUAAUGGAGGAAAAACCCUUAGUAUGGGUCAAAGCUCAGUAAUGAAAAUUAAUCCAGAUAUUACAGAAGGCCAUCAACUACGUGGUUGGUUCGACAAUGAGGGAGUAAAAGAUGAAGCAGUCUCCAUAUCUGCCAGAGGAGCCGGUGUGGCGGGAGGUAACUUCAACACCGAAUGGAUAUCAUUCUUUGAAGCUCGUCAAAAGAAUUUGGGUCAAGGUGACAGACCUGAUUACUUCCAAUGCAAAGCAGUUGUUCAUGUUGUUAAAACUCAAAAUGCAUUUUACAAAGCUUGUCCACAACCAGAAUGUAAUAAAAAAGUGGUUGAUGAGAAUAAUGGCCAUUAUCGUUGUGAACGUUGUAAUGCUGUUUUUCCCAAUUUCAAGUACAGGUUGCUUUUAAAUAUGUGCAUUGGUGAUUGGACCUCUAAUCGUUGGGUUACUUGCUUUAGUGAUGUUGCCGAACAAUUGUUAAAUCGUUCUCCACAAGAAAUUGGCGAAGCUCUAGAACAUAGUGCAACUGAAGCUGAGGAAAUAUUUUCGUCUCUGCAUUUCAGUUCACACAUUUUUAAAUUACGCACCAAAGUUGAAGUUUAUGGCGAUAUGCAUCGCAAUAAGGUAACUGUACAAUCAGUGGCACCUAUCAACUAUAAAGAGUACAAUAAAUACCUAAUUAAUAAUCUAAAAACCCUUACAGGUAUUGACAAGGUUUAAGCCAUUCAAUACUAAGCUUACAUAUAUAUGAUUGAUAGUCCUUACUUUAUAGUAUUUAAGAAAUUAAUUUUCAAAAGU